AUGCCGAAGGUCCAUACUUGCUGGUACUAUCCGUCUGCAUGUUUCUCCCCGUUUGGGCUCUUCUCAAACUCUGGUUCGGCAAAUUUCAACAUCCUUCUCGCCGUGAAACGAAUCAUCUUCGCAGUCCUGGACGCAGCUUUCGACCUCUCGAGACACAUAUUCCUCAACCAGUUUACCAUCGCGCUUAAUGUGGACGCUGCAAGAUUCGUCUUCUCACAAUUCGAGAAGUUCGAGCGCUUCGUGGUUGUGCCAUCCAACUACUCAUGCUUGCGUGUCGAAUACUCGCUACCAGGCUUGAAUCUCCAUCCGCGUCUUGCGCUGCGAUGCUUAGCCUUCAACUGCCGCGUCGAAAAGAAAUCACCUUACCAGACCUGACUGCGUUGCUGUGCGCUUUCUCACCCGCCUUUGCAGGUAAGAUCACGAGCCAUGCC